AUGCCCGGCAUGAUGGAGAAAGGGCCCGAGUUACUGGGGAAGAACCGAUCGGCCAACGGCAGCGCCAAGAGCCCAGCGGGCGGCGGCGGCGGCGGCGCCUCGUCCACGAACGGCGGGCUGCACUUCUCGGAGCCCGAGAGCGGCUGCAGCAGCGACGACGAGCACGGUGAUGUUGGGAUGAGAGUCGGAGCUGAAUAUCAAGCUCGGAUCCCCGAAUUUGAUCCAGGUGCUACAAAGUACACAGAUAAAGACAAUGGAGGAAUGCUUGUGUGGUCUCCAUAUCAUAGUAUCCCAGAUGCCAAAUUGGAUGAAUAUAUUGCAAUUGCAAAGGAGAAACAUGGCUACAAUGUGGAACAGGCACUUGGCAUGUUGUUCUGGCAUAAACAUAACAUUGAGAAGUCCCUUGCUGAUCUCCCUAAUUUCACUCCCUUUCCGGAUGAGUGGACAGUGGAAGAUAAAGUCCUAUUUGAACAAGCCUUUAGUUUUCAUGGGAAGAGCUUUCACAGGAUUCAGCAAAUGCUUCCAGAUAAGACAAUUGCUAGCCUUGUGAAAUAUUACUAUUCCUGGAAAAAAACUCGAUCUAGGACAAGCUUAAUGGAUCGCCAGGCUCGUAAACUAGCCAAUAGACAUAAUCAGGGUGACAGUGAUGAUGACGUGGAAGAAACACACCCAGUGGAUGGAAACGAUAGUGAUUAUGAUCCCAAAAAAGAAGCCAAGAAAGAGGGUAAUACUGACCAGCCUGUCCAAACUAGCAAGAUUGGACUUGGGAGGAGAGAAUAUCAGAGUUUACAACACCGCCAUCAUUCUCAGCGUUCUAAGUGCCGUCCACCUAAGGGCAUGUAUUUAACCCAAGAAGAUGUGGUAGCUGUUUCCUGUAGCCCCAAUGCUGCCAACACCAUCCUGAGGCAACUGGACAUGGAGUUGAUCUCUUUAAAACGUCAGGUUCAGAAUGCUAAGCAAGUAAACAGUGCACUUAAACAGAAAAUGGAAGGUGGAAUUGAAGAAUUCAAGCCUCCUGAGUCAAAUCAGAAAAUUAAUGCCCGUUGGACCACAGAGGAGCAGCUUCUAGCAGUGCAAGGUGUCCGCAAAUAUGGUAAAGAUUUUCAAGCUAUUGCAGAUGUAAUUGGCAACAAGACUGUUGGCCAAGUGAAGAACUUCUUUGUAAACUACAGGCGUCGGUUUAACUUAGAGGAGGUAUUGCAGGAGUGGGAAGCAGAACAAGGAACCCAGGCUUCUAAUGGUGAUGCUUCUACUUUAGGGGAGGAGACAAAAAGUGCUUCUAAUGUGCCAUCAGGGAAGAGCACUGAUGAAGAAGAGGAGGCACAGACCCCACAGGCUCCUCGGACUCUGGGUCCGUCACCUCCUGCCCCGUCAUCCACUCCAACACCAACAGCCCCCGUGGCCGCUCUGAACCAGCCGCCCCCACUUCUUCGUCCAACACUGCCUGCUGCCCCGGCUCUUCACCGGCAGCCUCCUCCACUCCAGCAGCAGGCUCGGUUCAUCCAGCCCCGGCCAACUUUAAACCAGCCCCCGCCACCUCUCAUUCGCCCUGCUAAUUCCAUGCCACCCCGUCUCAAUCCAAGACCAGUGUUGUCCGCAGUUGGUGGCCAACAGCCACCAUCACUUAUCGGAAUUCAGACAGAUUCACAGUCCUCACUGCACUAG